AUGGACGUGAUGGAAGGCUGCCAGUUCUCACCUUCUGAGUAUUUCUACGACGGUUCCUGCAUCCCGUCCCCCGAGGAGGGCGACUUCGGGGACGAGUUUGAGCCUCCGGUGGCCACCUUCGGGGCGCACAGAGCGGAGCUGCCGGGCUCCGACGAGGACGAGCACGUGCGAGCACCCUCGGGCCACCACCAGGCCGGCCACUGCCUCCUGUGGGCCUGCAAGGCGUGCAAGAGGAAGGCCACCACCAUGGACAGGCGUAAGGCGGCAACCAUGCGCGAGCGGAGGCGCCUCAAGAAGGUCAACCAGGCCUUCGAGACCCUCAAGAGGUGCACCACCACCAACCCCAACCAGAGGCUGCCCAAGGUGGAGAUCCUCAGGAACGCCAUCCGCUACAUCGAGAGCCUGCAGGAGCUGCUGCGGGAGCAGGUGGAGAACUACUACGGCAUGGGCAUGCCGGGACAGAGCUGCUCCGAGCCCGCCAGCCCCACCUCCAACUGCUCCGACGGCAUGCCUGAAUGUAACAGCCCUAUCUGGUCCAGAAAGAGCAGCAGUUUUGACCACAUCUACUGUCCUGAUGUACCAAAUGUGUAUGCCACAGAUAAAAGCUCCUUAUCCAGCCUGGAUUGCUUAUCCAGCAUAGUGGAUCGGAUCACCAACUCAGAGCAACCUGGAUUGCCUCUGCAGCACCCGGCUUCUCUCUCCCCAAUUGCCAGCACUGAUUCACAGCCUGCAACCCCAGGGGCGUCUAGUUCAAGGCUAAUCUAUCAUGUCCUAUGA